AUGUCAAUAAAAUUAACCUUGGAUAAUAAACUUAUGGAGAAGCUUAAUUCGGAUAAGAAAUAUGAUAAAUCCUCAUCAAGUGGAACGGAUUCCUUUCAUGAAACAUAUGUUGAUCUGUUUGUUAGGGAAGUAGAUAAGAAGUUGCAACCAGAAUGCUAUGAUAAACUGUGCAGUACGCGAGUUAAAACUUUGGAAUUGUGGGAACCAGGUCUGGAUGUGAUAAAAGUAGAGGAUAAACACGAUGCUGAACCAUUCCUAAACCAAAUAUUGCGACUCAGUAGUGAAAUUGUGCAUAAAGUAAAUAAAAUGCAUUCUGGAACAGAUUAUACACUAAGAACAGAGACAAACUUUGGAAAGGAGAAAAUUGAUGAAGCAAAUAAAAAAAUUAGACAGAUAAUGAAGUUACUCAGUAACGGUACCACUGAUGCCUGUAAACUUGAUGACUACAGUGAUGAGGUAUUUAUAAGCAUCGACGAUUUCUCAGAAACCCUGUAUGCCCACUAUGCAAAAAUUGAUAAGCACCUGGACAAAGUUAAGAAGCUACUGUGA